AUGACGCCCGCUCGUAGCUUCACUUUGUUAGUAAUAUUUUCUCUGCCCUGUGUCCUAGCAGGGCCCGCUGCCUACGGGGUUUGCCAGAGAGGAUGUUCAUCUGUGGUCAUGGCGUGUUACAAGGCCGCUGGUUCGACUUGGGGCGCCACACUGGGUCUUACAGCCACUCCAUUGGUGAUUGGCUGUAACUCGGCAUAUGGUACAUGCCAGGCAGCUUGUGCCGCGGUAGUAUUCACCCUGACCCCAUAG